AAUUACUACGGGGUAUUAAUCAAUGUUUCAGAUCUUCACAAGGCCGACCGAACCUUCGUAACUGGAACCCUAAUGGCAUAAUUAUGCACUAUCUGCCAUCAACGGUGCGGUGGCAUGUAUAUAUGUUUUACUGCAAGCCCUGAACUCGUCGGCAAAAAAAAUCCCCUCUUUCAAGCGUUCGCACUCCUCAGCGGAAAAUAAAUUUUGGAGGCCAUGGAUACUCACUCAAAGAUGAUAUACCUCCCAGACACCAUGGUCAACUGGCCCUGGCCUCGUGCCAUCAAUCCGCAUUUUGAAGAUGUGAAAGCUGAAGUCGGUGCUUCGUUCCGUGAUUUCAAGGCUCUGAGUCCUGAGUCACAGGAAGCAUUCGACAAAUCCCGCCUAGUAGCACUGGCUUAUCCCAAUGCACCACGAGAACACAUUCGAAUCGGCUGUGAAUUAAUGAAUGUUUUCUUCCUUUUGGAGGAGUACACCGACAACGAAAAUGGGGCAGUCACCAAAGAUAUGGCGGACCUCGUGAUAGACGCCAUAAACAAUCCUCAAAAGAUACGACCUGAAGGCGAAUGCAUUCUCGGUGAAAUCGCGCGACAAUUUUGGGCUCGUGCCAUCCAGACCGCAAGUCUGUCUUCUCAACGUCACUUUCUUGAAACCUUUACUGCAUACCUUCGUGCAGUAGUUGUCGAGGCCCUUGAUCGCGAACAAGGUCAUAGGCGCAGUAUCGAUGACUACCUCAAGCUCCGGCGGCUUACUAUUGGCGCACACCCGUCUUUCACGAUAUGUGAAAUGGGGAUGGAUCUUCCUGAUGAAAUAUUCUACCAUCCCAUCAUUGUGGAACUUGCUGGAUGUAGCACAGAUUUGAUUAUAAUUGACAAUGACAUGGUUUCGUACAACAAAGAGCAAGCAGCUGGAAAUGAAAACCAUAACUUGAUUAGCACUGCCAUGCUGGAACUCGGCCUUGACAGAGGCGGCGCGAUAUCUUGGGCAGCACAUUAUCACGCUGGACUUGAGAAACGAUUUAUCGACGGUCUUGCAAAGGUCCCUUCAUGGGGGCCUUCCGUCGAUGUUUUAGUCAAGGAGUAUCUUGACGGGAUAGCAAACUGGCCUCGAGCGAACACUUGUUGGAGUUACGAAGGUCAAAGGUACUUUGGCACCAGAGGCCUGGAAAUACAGCAAACUAGACUUGACCCGCUAUUGCCAAAGGCCGAGCGCAAAGCCGCAUGAGAACAUCUAUUCAGAUAUACAAGUCCUUCCAUAGAAUUCGGCGCUAGUUUGUCUUUCUCUUGCGCAUUUGGAUGCGAUAUGUU